GCAUUACACUCUACUGAUACUUAGCCUUAUAGAAUGACACUAUAGCCUGGAUUUCGAACCGUUUCACCUGAUCAAGGGUCUUGAGGCAGGAUCAGCACGAACGCUGUCCUUGUACACCACUAAUCUUCUCCACUCGCUCACACCCAUCCCUCGAACAUGACCUACGUCUCAAAUGAUUCUAGUUGGUGGCCGCAAAUGAUUUUCGUUAUUUUUUUCAGCUAUUGGACAGUUGCCGCGGGCGUCUUGAUGGUAUACGAUUGGGUCUUAACACUCGGACAAGAGAUUGAACUCGUCUGGAGACAACGCUGGUCUCUCAUGACCGUGCUGUAUUUGAUUGUUCAUACGCUAUAUUGGAAUACCGUAUUCUGUUGUCAAUUCUCUGCAAGUUAUGCCAUCGGUAUCGCUGACAGAUGCAGCGCUAUCAUGUUCUACGCAUUAUAUGGGACAAAUGUGGCCUUGUUUGCCAUGUUGGGCGUGAUCAUGAUUGCCCGGUUGCAUGCCAUGUAUCAGGGAUCUAGAACGAUGCUGAUCUUCCUUGUUAUUGUCUUCCUGGCUGUAAACAUCGCCUGCGGAGUAAUGACGGUAAUAGCAGUCAACGAUACUGUAGCAGAGGAGUUCAUACUCUCUGGCACAUAUAUGUGCGAUUAUGUAAAUGGAGAGAACAAUCUGCUUCUGUAUUCAAUGCUUUGGAUCCUCAACACUGUUUGGGAGGUCCUUGCACUGUGUCUUUCAGUCUGGAUCGCUGUAAAACACUUCCGUGAGCUGCGACGACUCAGCCGAUCGACAGGAUCGACCAUCGGGGACUGUUUUAGAGUGCUGAUACAAUCUCACGUUCUUUAUUUCGCAAGCUUUGUUGGUGUCUCUUGCUUCGAGUUUGCUACUCUCUCUCAAGAAAUACGGAAUUCAAAUUCUAUUGGAGUCCAGACACUCAAUGGUACUCUUCAAAUUUUAUUGGUCGUGCAGAUGUUUGUGCUGGGACCACGCCUCAUUCUCAGCGUUCGAGAAUACCAUGCCAAAAUCGUGGCAUCCUCCGAUGCAGAAACUAGCAUGAAUUCAAUUGUUUUCCAGGAGCAUGUACAUGUAUCAACUAGCAGUACUGUGUAG